AUGGGCAAGGACAAGUCUGAGAAGAAGGACAAGCGCGAGAAGAAGGAGAAGCGCUCGGAGAAGGACGGUGUCCACAAGAACGGCAAGAAAGACAGGAAGUCCAAGGACAAGACCGCGCUCGCCGACGCCGUCGAGCAGGAGCUCACCACCAAGGUUCUGGAUGGAAUUGACCAGGCCGUCGAGGAUGCCCCCGUCAGCGGCAUCGUGAAGGCUGAGAUGGAGGUUGACGUUCGCCCCGUUGGCGCCGUCGUCCCGUUCGCCAGCCCUCUGGUCGAAGACAAGUCGGCGAAGAAGGUGCUGAAGAGCGUCAAGAAGGCCGCUGUCAACAAGUGCCUCAAGCGCGGUGUCAAGGAAGUCGUCAAGGCCCUCCGGAAAUCGCCCGUCCCUGCUCCCAACGCCCCCAUCUCCAUCCCCAACGGCAUCGUCGUCCUUGCCGCCGAUAUCUCGCCCAUGGAUGUCAUCUCCCACAUUCCCGUGCUCUGUGAGGACCACGGAAUCCCUUACGUCUUCGUCACAUCCCGAGCUGAGCUCGGUAACUCGGCCGCCACCAAGCGUCCCACCAGUGUUGUCAUGGUCGUUCCCAAGUCGGCCUCCAAGGGCAAGAAGAAGGACGAGGAUGACGACGGCGAGGACUUCAGCAGUGUGUAUGAGGAAUUGGCCAAACUCGCCCAGAAGGAGGCCAAGCGAGUGGGUGUUUAAGAGUGUCGGGCACUUCAGGGUCCGGACUGUUUCUUUUAUCUUCUAAUUUCAAGGUCUUUGUUUUUUUCCCUCGUGUUUUACUUUCUUGUCUUGGCUCUUGGUAUGGCUGUACAGUUCCACUUCGUGUUGUCUGAUCAGACAGUGCAUGUGUUCGAGGGGUUCUGGCCUUUGGGACGUGUUCAUGGGUUGAGCUUUUAUGAUAUGUCCGUUGCAAAAUUUGGCGUUCUCACAUCGGUGUACGAAAAAAAGGCAGGAAAGUGUGGAAUUGAAACCAUCAAAUUC